AUGUUGGGUAUACCGUUUCUGGAUAGUGCAUUUCUGAAGAUAUUUUCACCAACAACAUACGAUGAUCGUAUCGACCGACUUAAUUAUUUUGUUACAAGCUCUUUAUUAACUUUCUUUGCUAUCCUCGUUUCAGCGAAACAAUAUGUGGGUUCGCCGAUACAAUGUUGGGUGCCUAUGGAAUUUAAAGGUGGAUGGGAACAAUAUACGGAGGAUUACUGCUUCAUACAGAAUACCUAUUGGGUACACUUCGAUGACCCAGUACCGGAGGAUGUGAACGAUCGUCACGGAGCCGAAAUCGGUUACUACCAGUGGGUACCAAUUAUGUUAGUACUACAGGCACUGAUGUUUUUCAUCCCAGAAUGGAUAUGGAAAACUCUUAACAAACAGAGUGGCCUCGAUUUAGAUACGAUAGUAAAAGAAGCGAAAAAUCUAAGGACAUCAAAAUGUAAUGAACGGAAGAAGGAAUUAGAAAAACUGGCACUGUUUGUUGAAGAAUGUCUGGAAUUCGACACACCUCAUCACCAAAACCGUUACUUCUGUUUUAAUUACGGCUACUCAUUGGGUUCCUAUGUAACAUUGCUGUAUCUAUUCAUGAAGUUACUUUUUGUUAUCAACAUAUUCAGCCAAUUUGUAAUCCUCAAUAAUUUCCUUGGUACCAGUCAUAGUCUUUGGGGAUUCCAGAUACUACUGGAUCUAUGGCAAGGCCGAGAAUGGUUGGAUUCCGGGGUGUUUCCACGAGUAACAAUGUGCGACUUCAAAGUGCGACGCUUAGCAAAUAUUCAUCGGUAUUCAGUACAAUGCGUUCUAAUGAUCAAUAUGUUCAAUGAAAAAAUAUAUCUUUUCAUCUGGUUUUGGUUUCUGUUUGUUGCUGCAUCUACACUACUUAAUUUCAUCUACUUCGUUUACAAUACCAUAUUGGCCUCAAAUCGGGAGCGUACAGCGCGGCUACUCCUUUUACAUAUGAAGCUUGAUGAAACACCUAUGGACAAAGCAAUAUUGCGUCGUUUUGUGCAUAAAGCACUGCGGCCAGAUGGUAUAUUACUUUUGCGAUUUGUUGAUAUGUAUGCUGGCGGCAUAAUGGCACGUGAUCUUUGUGGACAACUCUUCGCCGAUUUUUAUCGGGAACAGUAUCACCGUGCAAUUGGCAGUCAUACAACAAAAAGCUCAUCACCAGGUCUUGAUGAUGGCUUCACCGAAACACAGUAUGACCCGGAAAAGCUACAUGCUCCACUAAUGCAACCAGAUGCAUUUACACGAGCGGUCAAAGGCAAAGCUUCGUAA